AUGUGUUCUGUGACUUGCAUUUCAAUCAUGAGUAAUUCAGAUUGUAAAAUAUGCCGUAUAUGUUUGAAUCUUAAAAUUAAUGAAAAAUUUGAACCUCUACAAGGUUCUUUAAAAACGAUGCUUGGUAUUAUAAUACCUAAUUUGAAACUCGAAUUUACUAAUAACCCUGUUAUGUGCAAAGAAUGUUUGAGUUAUAUACAAAAAGCUUUUGAAUAUAAAACUAAUUUUUUUGAAGUUGAAGAAAUAAUCGAGACAAAAAAAGAAAAAUGCAAUAUGAAUAAUCCUUCUUUAAGUGAUUUAAUGAGAGGCAAACAAUAUAGGAAGUCAUCAAACAUAAACUAUUGCAGAACUUGUUUAGUAGAAGUUAAAUCGCAAUCAUAUAUUGACAUGAAAAAAACACAAGGAAAAUGGAAAGAUCUUUCGUUAUUAGAAAACUGUCUUUUUGAAAUGGAUUCAAAUUUGACAUCUGAUUGUAAAGUGUGCCGUAUGUGCCUUGAUAAACUUGAAGAAAUGUAUAAAUUCAAAAUAAAUAGCGUGAAAACUGAAGAACGAAUUAUUGCAUAUCUGAAAGAAAAUUCUUUAGACUCUGAUUUGAAACUAAACUUAUGUGACAUUCUUUCAAUCGGCAAAGAACUAAAUAAUGAAACUGAGGUUAUACCAGAAGUUAAAAAAGAAAAACUAAACCUAUUGGACGUUGUUUCAAUUAAGAAAGAACCAAAUAAUGAAACGGAAAUUCUACCAGAAGUUAAAAAAGAGUGUGUAGAAAAUAUAUGUAAUAACAAUUAUGAUAAUACUCAAAUAAAGAAAGAAAAAGAUGAGCUAAAUAUUUACCUGAACAGCUUAGAAGCAGAAUUUAAAAAUCAUGCUAAUAAUGACGAGGUGGUUGACUAUAAUUAUGAAGAAUAUAGUAAGAAAGAUUCUAGUGGAAAGCACAUUUACUGUUGUCCUUUAAAUAACUGUUCAGUAGUUAGUAGGUACAAAUAUAACAUUAAGCGACAUGUGAAGGAAGUACACAAAAUCAAAACAAGACAAACAAACAAAUUAUUUAAAUGUACUAAUUGUGAAUUUACUUCUUCUACAAUAACUUAUGUUGAGACAAUUAAGCAUCAACUAAGCCAUGCCAACAGUGACAUUUAUAAAUGUACAAAAUGCUCAUACACUAAUGAUAAAAAAACUGAACUUAUUAGGCAUAUAUUUUCUCAUAUAACUGAUAAGGCUUUAAAAGAAUAUCAAACAUUAGACCAUUAA